GCUAUUUCUGUUCCUGUAAAAUGUAGUCUAAGUUAAUGAUUAGCCAUUACGAUGAAAAUCUGGAAAAGCGUGCAGGGCUGGUUGGCAGACUGAGGGCCGGCGAAUGGAGGUCACCGCAGACACUGAGUGACUCUCAGCGGUGAGACAGAAGGGGAGAGGGAGGACGGACAGCCGCCUUCAAAAAUGGCGUCUCCGGAGGAAAAUGAGUAAAAAAUAUUAAAACGCGGCCUGUUUUCUUUACACUUCCUAGUUCGGUACUUGUUUACUUUAGCGGUAUUUUUUCCCGGUGCGAGCUAACUCGUCGUCGCUUACACUUGAAUGGCGGAGAGAAAGGAGAAAUAAGGGGAGCGAGCAUUUGGGGAAAUAAAAGCAGCCCUGUUUUAUUUUGAUGCGUCGUUACUGACAGCUAGCAUCUUGCUGCUAGCCCACAGCUCUGCUCCGGAGGGGGGUGGGAACGAUUUGCAUGCAAAAGACGAGAAGGAGAGAAAAAAAAACGAUUUUGAAACUGGGAGAUUUCUUUGCUCGACCACAGGGAGUGAUUGCUGCUACCAACGUGGCCCGUCGAUUGCAAUAUUUUUCUGGUGCUAGCAGCGUAGCAAAGACUAGCCUAAAGAAAGGGGAGGAGAGACGGUGAAAAAGGACGCAUUCAAAUCAAAUGUUUAUCAGCAAUUCGUCCAUCGCCGGCCAAAUCCGCGGCAUCUUCAUCAUGACCGUGAAUGAUUUCGGACUAAAUCUGCAUUCGUGGAAAUGAUAAAUGUGAAGCGCGUAGGAAAAGGAGAAAGACUGGCUUUUUUUGGAUGUGGUUGGAUUAUAACCCCGUAGACCCCCCUCUUUUUUUCAUCCAGUUUUCUCCUCCUCCCCUCCAUUUCUCUUUCAAUAUGCUGUUUUCCACUCCUGAGGACUUGCUUAUGAAACCGGGGAAAAUAGCUUGAAACCGAGAACGGGAAAGACUGGAUUUUUUUCCGUAAUCUGCUCUGCGACGUUCUCGUUGCUUUCGUCCUCAUCGCACACAUUGUACACACAUAAAUGGAUAGAAAUUACCCGGGAACAGGAUUUGGUGAUUUGGGCGCAGGAGCAGGAUGGAGUUACGAGAGAUCGGCAAAAGCAAGUCUUGUAUAUGGGAGUUCCAGAUCAUCCCACCCUGAGUCUGAGCUCCUUCACCGACAAGCCUACGCCACCCCACACCCUCUGCAGGGCUAUGCCACCAAUCACCACCCAGGGAGCUCUGGCCAAGGCGGAGCUUGGGGAGCAGCUGGACGGAGUUUGGGUCUGUCAGGGCUCUUUGACACUGGCCUGCACCAUGCCAGCCCCUCUGCCCCCGACGCCUCUGUCAUGAAUCUGAUCUCAGCCCUGGAGUCUCGGGGUCCCCAGCCACCACCCUCUGCCUCCUCCCUUCUCUCCCAGUUCCGCACACCAUCCUGGCAGACAGCGAUGCACACGCCUGCUCCACCUGAACUAUUCAUUUCUGGAGCCCUUCCUGGCUCUGGCUCCUUCCCCUCCUCUUCAGCUCUCUCAGCCUAUCAGCAUCCAGCAUCCUUCUCCAGCCGCUCUUUUCCUGCCGCCUCCCUUUCCCUCCAGGACACGCCCACAUUUAGUCCCACAUCCAAUGGCCUGCUCUCCCCACAUGACCCUCUACUACACAUCAAGGCCCCUUCCCAGUCCAGCCUGGGUUUUGAUAGACUCCUGUCCUCGCAGGGUGCUGCUGCAGCCGCCUAUAGGGGCAGCCAGGAUCCCACCAGUGCCACAUCAGCCCAGGCGUCCUCUGCCAGGCACUUGCAGUCACACCAGUUCAACCUGCUGUCAUCACAGCUCCAGGACCAGUCGUCCCAGUUGUACAAUGCAUCAGUCUUUUCCUCAGCCCAACCCCAGCCCCAGUCCCAAUCCCAGUCCAAUUCGGCUCAGGAGCGGGCCGUGCCCCGGCAGGACAGUGUUAUCAAGCACUACCAGCGGCCCACGCCAGCUCAGUCACAGCUCUCAUCCUCUGCUGCCCACUCCCUUCAGCACUACCUCAGCUGUGGAGGAGCAGGCUACCAGCAGAUUGCCACCCACCACAGGCAUGCUGGCCUUUCUUGCAGCCCACUGGGCGACCAGAGCCCCUCAUCUGACCACAAGCCCACCUCUCGCACUGAGCAGUAUCGGCCAAUCAUCCAGCCUCCCUAUUCCUCCUCCUCCUCCUCAUCUUCUUCCUCAGCUGGGAAAGGUACCAAAAGCAGCUCUAGCAGUGGCUAUUCUUCUGCCAGUUCAGCAUCAUCCUCAAGAACUCCUCACACCCCCCCUUCUGCUUCCUCUACCUCCUCUUCCUCCUCCUCCUCCUCUGCCACCUCUGGGGCUCAUCCUUCCAACUCAAUCCCCACCUCCAGCUCUAGCGCAGCCCCUUCCAGGCAGCAACCGCCCCCUCAGCCGGCUGCUCCUCCCCCAGCCCCUCAGCAGCAGCAGCCCCCUGCCACCUCCACCUCGGCCCCCCAGUCUCUCGCCAAAUCCUGCCUUUCAGGCUAUGGGUCUCCUGUGCCCCCAGUGAAGACCCCCACCUCUGCUCUUACAGGUCAAACCCCACCCCAGCAACAGACACAGUCAUAUUCCCCUAAUCAGCCCCCACCUUCCCACCUGGCUCAGACCUACGGAGGUUUCAGUUCACCACAAGCCCAAGAUCUGAGCUCAGGUACAGGUGGGAAAGGCUAUGGGAGUUUAGGAGGGCGAAGCCAGUCAUACUCCACUGAUAUAUAUGGAGCUGACUCUGCAUAUGGAUCACUUCCAUCCUCUCUAGGUGGAGCUGGAAGCCCAUCAUUAGGAUACGGAGCCCCAGGUCACUCCCCUGCCCUAUUAAGGUCAAGUGGUUCAUCAGGUAGUGGAGCAUCUGGGGGAGGAAGCAGUAGUGGCACAGGAAGUGGGAACUCGGGGUCAGGAGGAGCAGCGGGAAAUAGUAUGACCAAUGAGAGAGGUGGAGGUGGUAGUGGUGGAGGGUCGUAUCAUAUUCCAGACUCUAGCCCCUCUCCGUCGAGCAACUCAGGCAUCAUCCGUCCAGGGUUGCACUCCCCAGUGCCCAACUGCCCCACACAAUCUCCUGGAGGUGCAGGCUCAAAUAAAUACAUUUCCUCAGUUCUCUCCCCCACCUUCCUAGCCUCCCCACAGGGCUACCCCGAUACCAGAGGCCCCACCUCCCAACCUCAGUCCUAUCAUUCCACCUCCUCCAAAUCAAAGGCGGACACUUCCAUGCUAGGAGUGGGCUCUCAGAGAUCCCAAGAGGAAGUAGAUGACGACGACGAGUUCUUGAUCCAGCACCUGCUGCAAGCUCAAGCAAGUCCUACUCCCCAGGCAGCUCAUCACCAUCCUCAACAACAACCCCAACAGACGUCCCAACAAACACAGCCUCAGCCCCAGUCAGUGCCCCCAACCACUGAUUCAGGCAAAGGGCUGAGCUAUGACAUGGGUAAGACCUCUGAGGAGAGGUACCACCCCCAGAGUGUCAUACGUACUCACAGUGCCACAUCCACUGCUGGAGUGGGUAAUGCAGGGUCUGCAGGGUCCAUCUCAGGGCUGGAGAACCAGCUGGAGAUGUCACUAAAGAAACAACAGCAGCAACAUCAACAACAACACCAUCAUCAACAGCAGCAACAGCAAAGAAAUGAGAGGUCUGUUGGAAGCAGCAGGAGCAGUGGAGGGAGAGGCAGCGCCGAACAAGUGCACUCCCACCUCCAUCACCAUGACAACCUAGGCUCGGUAGUCCAUUAUGGGCGGGGUGACCCAUAUACCCAACACUCCCUGGCUCCCCAACACUCUUCACAUAGUCAACACGUGUCCUCACACUCACAGAUACCACCCCACACCCAAAUGGAACUCCAAAAGAAGCCACAGGAGCGAGCUGAAAUUCCUUACCCUCGGAAAACACCGGAAGUCCAGCAACAGCAUUCCCAGUCUCAAGCUGCUGCCUCCCUCAUGGACUCGCCCACUGAUCAGUCCCGUCAGCCAUCACACCUGCUCCAGUCAGUGCUGUCCCACACCACCCGCAACAAACUGGAUGCCCACCAACAGCACCACAAGAUGGACUCUCACCGGCAACACCAACAGCAUCACAAAAUGGACUCCCACCAACCACAUCAGCAACACCCUAAAAUGGAUUCUCACCCUCAGCAUCAACAGCACCAGAAGAUGGACUCCCAUCAGCAUCAACAGCACCAUAAAAUGGACUCUCAUCCCCAACAGCAGCAGCACUCUAUUAGCCAACAGCAAGCUGUAAUGGAAAGUGCUGGUGGGACACUUGGCUCAAGUAAGCAUCAGGCUCAGUCUCAGUCCCAAACCACCCAGCUCCAACUUCAGCUCCAGUCCCAGGCUCUGGAGGUGGCAGCGGCUCACUACAACCACGGGCCCCCUCCACAUCAGCACGAGCAGAGCCAGGUUAAACAAAGCUCUGUGGUGUCCUCCUUGGACAUGCUGGAGCGCUCCCUUUCUCAGACGUCCACCACAGACGUAGCGGUUGCGGAGGACAGACGCGGUGGAGCAGGCAGCGGGGGAAGGAGCGGAGGUAGCGGCGAGCGCCACAGACAGCAGCAGGAGCAGCAGCAGAGGCAGCACCCAUCCCACCAUCAGCCGCAGCAAACCCACCACUCGCAGCAACACUCAGCCUCUGAACUCCAUUCCUUCCUCUCUGAGCCUGACAUCGGCUUGUCCGCCCCAUCUCACAUGCACCAUCUUUCCCAGCACCACUCGCAGCAGCAACAGCAGCACCCCAGCUCUCAACACCAACAAACCCACUCUCACCACCCUCACACCCAACCCCACCCUCACCACAUACCCCCACAGUCGGCCUCAGCCCACUCCCAGUCUCAGCCUGACCCACAGCAGCCACUCUCAUCUCAGCUCACCCCUCAGCAGAGCCAGCUGGACCAACAGCGCUCAGAGCAGCACCAGUUUGACACAGUCAGCCCAGUGGAGAAAGCAGACCAGAAUCAACAAAGUAACCGCUUUGUACCCCUAACUUCCAUCUGCUUCCCAGACUCCCUCCUUCAGGAUGAGGACCGCUCCUUUUUUCCAGGAAUGGAAGACAUGUUUUGUGCAGAGGACUACAAGUCAAGCUGUGCUGGAGGUGCAGGACCAGGGCAGGAGGAGAUGAAUGAAAGCCACACCGGGCAAGAGGGAAUAGAUUCCAUGAAAGCUGGACAGAGUGGAGGUGGAGCAGGGGGAAGUAGUGGAGCUAGCUAUGACAUGAUGGGUCACCAUGGUGGCGAUCAGGGUUAUGAACCAUACUGUCACGGCUUGGAAGAACCCAGCAACAACACCAUGACUCUGGAUCUAGACUCCCUGAAAACCCAUGAACUUCCUUCCACUGUCAACACUGAACAGCUAGGAUUGAUACAGUCCCAGGGCCCAGCUAUGGGCAUGGGCUCCAAUACUGCUGGUCCCAACAACUCUGGAGCUAAACUGUCCUCUGGGCCUGGAGGAGCAAGCACAGGUACUGGCUCUGGAGGCCUACAAUCUCCCAUUUUUUGCUCAUCUCGUCCCAAGAAGCUCCUUAAGUCCAGCUCUUUCCACCUGUUAAAGGAACGCCGGGACCCCAACACACUGCCUAAGAAAAGUUACGCUCAAGAAUAUGAGUUUGAAGAUGAUGAGGAUAAAGCCGACCAGCCAGCUGACAUCCGGUUGAAUAGCCGGAGACUCCCGGACCUAUUGCCAGAUUUGGUGUCAAGCUGUAGAAAGGGAAGUGGAGGAAGUGGGUCUCUCAGCCCUUUAAUGGGUGACAUUGACUUCUAUCACUCCUCUGGCUACUCCUCUAUGGGUUCACACCCCAUUCUGCCUCAGGAUGGACCCAAGAAAAGAGGCCGAAAGCCUACAAGACCCAAGAGAGACGGUCCCCCUAGGCCAAGAGGUAGGCCUCGCAUCCGCCCAAUGCCUGAGCCUUACACACCGCGAGGGAUGAUGGGGGAGAUGGGUGGAACAACAGUAGGAGCGGGAUUCAGCGUGGAGGGACGAGGUAGGGGUAGGGGCCGCGGAAGCCGAGGUAGAGGAGGAAGGAGGGAGGAUAUGUACAUGGAAAUGAGCGGGAAGGAGCAGGAUCAGAUGCACCAACAUCACCUCCAUCAACAGCAGACACAGCAGCUCCAUCACCAGCCACAACAGCAGCUGCAUGAGCCUAUUCCACCUCUGAAGAUCAAGUUGCCAAUUGGUACCCUGUCCUCCUCUGAUGCCUUGCUGAGGACGGACUCUUUGUCCGGCACGGACCCUGCUUUGUCGGACGGCUCUGUGGGCUCUGCUCCUUCACUUGGUUUAAGUCCUGGACCCCCAUGCAGCACUGAAAGCAACAGAAGUCAGGACAAGAACAAGCAGAAAAGCCAGAUGAUGAGUGAAGGAGUGGAUGAAGAGGGGCUGGAGGAGAGGGGCGAUGAGAAAGACUCUGAGUCCAAGGCUGGCUUCGUCGCUUCGUUCUUGGACUUCCUCAAAACAGGGAAGAGACCUCCAGGCUUGGACAUCUCACCCGGAAUGGAACCAGACAAUGGUGAAAACUCGCCCUGUAAAGCGGGGGGUCUGCGGCCUCUGUCUCCGGCACCUCCUCCACCACCACCACCUCCUCCAUUCGGGGACAGUGAAGGGAAUGGGGGUCUGGCUCUGGGCAACUGCCCCAGUCCCAAGCGCUUGGAAGAUGAGCUGAAAAGGAACCUGGAGACCCUGCCUUCGUUCUCCUCUGAUGAGGAGGACUCUGUUGGAAAGAACCAGGACCUCCAGAAGAGCAUCUCCUCAGCCAUUUCUGCUCUGUAUGACACUCCUCAGCUAACCUCCAACAUCCAGCCCCCGCUCUCUCCUCCACCUCCGCAGUCUCAGCCUCAGCCUCCCCAGUCCCCACUUACUCCCACGCUGCAGCCCCCCACACUUAGCCCACAGCCCACCAUGCAUACUCCUCACGACCUGCCCCAGUCCAACGAACCCGAUGUCCUCCAGCCAGAAGAUGGAGACAUGGGUGAGAACAAAGAGGAGGAGAAUGAGGAGGAGAGGAGCACAGGAGGGGAUGGAGAGAGUGAUCUGACAGAGGAGAGAGAACCACAACUGGAAACCCUGGGUGCCCCUAAUCUUGACACGUCCCUCCCUGAGAUUCCUCCAGCGCAAGAAACUCCUGAACCUCCCUCUGUCCCUCUGUCUCCCACCUCAUCCUCCUCUUCUCCUUCUCACUCCCCCCUCCCUCCCCUCUCGCUCCCCUCACCCCUACCGCCGCCAGAAGAACAAGAGGAGAAUUCCCCGCCUCCAAGCCCUGCCGCUCCCCCGUCCACCUCUCCGCCCCCUCCCCCGACGGCUACUCUGCCUCAGCCUGCCACUCCUCCUCCACCAACUUCCCCUCCUCCCCCGUGUUUGGAUCAGAAAGACUCACCCAUGCCAUCUCCGGAGUCCCUCGCCUCCCCUGAAGAGCCCCCACCGCCUAAGAUCACCUCCCUGCACCUUGCACAGAAGCAAGAAGAUGCCGCCAUUGUUGGAGAGAGUGAGGAGGAUGAGAGUGAGAGUGGAGGGGAGGGCAUCUUCAGAGAAAGGGAUGAGUUUGUGGUGCGGGUGGAAGACAUUCGAACUCUCAAGCUGGCCCUGCAGACAGGUCGCGAGCCUCCUCCCAUCUGGAGGGUGCAGAAAGCCCUGCUGCAGAAGUUCAGCCCAGAGAUCAAAGAUGGACAGAGACAGUUCUGCGCCACAAGCAAUUAUCUUGGCUACUUUGGAGAUGCCAAGAGGCGAUACCAGCGAAUCUAUGUCAAGUUCCUGGAGAAUGUCAACAAGAAGGACUAUGUUAGAGUCUGCUCUCGGAGACCUUGGCGCAGAGCCACACCUGCUCUCAGACGCCAGUCCCUCCCCAAACUGGCUUCCCCUCCUACCACCCAGGUGCCACAGAGACUAGCUGAGAAAGAGGAGAGGGUGGUCCAGCGUGAACAGAGGGAGAAAACAAGAACAGCAACCACAACGGCAAAGGAACAACGGGAGAAGAAGGAGUUUCCAGCUGCUGUGCCCAAAGUGAAGGAGAAGGAAAGGGAGGCUGAGAAGGAGAAGCGGGUACAGCUGCAGCAGGAGAAAGUGGAGAAACGUGCUGCAGCAGCAGCAGAACGAGGCAGAGCGAGGGAGGAGAAGAAAGCAAUGGAGAGGAAGGAGAAGGAAAAGGCUGAGCGCCCACCCAAGUCCAAGCCAACCAAAGUGAAGGCAGAGCCACCGCCCAAGAAGAGGAAGAAAUGGCUGAAGGAAAUACCUUCAUCAUCCGACUCAGACUCAUCAGAAGAGGCAGCUAGUGAGAAUGAAAUGCCGGUGAAAGGUGGUGUGAACAACCGUGCCAUGAGGGAGAUGUUCAGGAGCUACGUGGAGAUGCUGGUCAGCACAGCCCUAGACCCCGACAUGAUCCAAGCCCUGGAGGACACUGACGAUGAGCUUUACCUCCCACCAAUGAGGAAGAUUGACAGCAUCCUCUGCGAACAGAAGAGGAGGUUGUUGAGGAGAGUCAGCAUGAGCUCUCAGCACCAGGAGGUCCUGCAUGCUUACCCCCAGAUCAUCGUAGACCCCCUUGACUCAGGAGUGGUGAGGGUGCGGCUAAGCGGGGAUGCUUACAACCGCAAGACCCUCAACAGAGUCAAAAAGACCCUGCCUAAACCACAGGACCUUAAACUGUCAGCCGAUUCGUACCGGAUCUACAGUCUCUACCACUCCCUACAUCACUAUAAAUACCACACCUUCUUACAGUGCAAGAAAGAGACCAACACCAUUGAGCAGGCAGCUGAGGACCCGGGCCAAGAGGAAGUGGUGCAGCAGUGCAUGGCCAACCAGAGCUGGCUGGACACCCUCUUCAGCUCCUUCAUCGAGCUGCUCACGCUCAGCACCAAACCCUGAGUCCACCACAAAAAGAGUGAGAAUGAAUGAAAGCAAGGGGAUUUAAAAAGAGACUCAAAGAAAAAACAAAAAGGUAAAAAGAGAUGGAUCCUACUGUACAGCCCCCCACCCUCUUCACAUCUCUUAGAUCUGAGGAUGAAUUUUUAAGGCCCUUGACGAACACAAGGGGGUCUGUUCGUGUGACCUCGGACACUGGCCUCUGUUCUUUUUCUUGUUGUUGAUCAAUGACUAAAGAAAUGUUUUACUUUGUAAGAAGGCGGACCCCAACGGAUCAGGGGUCUCACUGGCUGGUCAAGAGGGAAUUGACUGUUGGUGAAAAGUGAGUGGCGCGAAGUGCAAGAACAAAGAGGAGGAGCCGCAACACCAAGUCAACGGAGGAGCCACUGGCAUCUUGUUAACUCUGUGUCAUAAAGACGAUAGUUCAAAGAGAAACUGUUACCACUUAGUUUUUACAUAAAUUAUUUUUUGAAGACUAACAUCAGCUGUUGGCUUUUGAACAGAGUGGAAGAGGGUGAGAAUGCUUUUUAAACUGCGUGUAGAGUGUGCCGUGAGCAGCGUGAACAUGGACUCGUCUACGGAUAGAAACGUGAAAUGUGUUAACAAAACGCUCUCUCUCCCAUCCUGUGCUAUGUGAAGGGCAGCACCAGGCCGCUGUGUGAUAAUAUAUAAACACAUUUUUAUUAUUUAUAUGAGGAGGUUUUUAACUUAAACUCUCACAAGCGCUGGGUUGCUGCCCUAACAUUUUAAAUACCUUUUUAUUUUCCACAGGUUCAGUAUACAAUCAUAACCCACAUAUCCAAGCCGUCUUCCCCUCUAUACAAAAGAACAGACAUUGAGACAUAAAUAUUGUAUCAAAUACAGUGGGUGUAAAAUAACAACAAAAAGAAUGGAAGAAAAGGGGAAAAAAAGAUGAGAAUGGGGAAAAUCUAUUUGAAACUUAACAUUGUUGUGGUUCAGUUCAAUCAUCAGUCAUGCAGGUGCAAAGAAAAAGAAGUAAAAUAUCCAUUUCCCAUGUCGGGAAAAAGGAAUAUAAAUAAGUAAUAUUUAAAGAGGAAAUAGUCAUUUCAUUUUUAUCAUUUUGAUGUUUGUGCAUACUAUGACUUAUUUUGAAAACAAUCUAAUUUUCCAUAAAAAAGGAAAAAAAGACGUGUAAAUAUUGUACAGUUCUUGAUGAAAUUCUUUGUCCUUCUGUACAUUAACUCUCCUGUAUUUGAAAAACAAAUAAAAUCUGCAAAGAACAAA